AUGUCAACCAAGUUCCUGCGCACACGUCGCUUGCUGCCGUUUCUGGCAGCACCCACUGCACUUCUGUCCGUAUCGUCCGCCCACUUAGAGGCCUCUGAACCUGAAGCCGCCCCACCUGCGCAGCCCGCUGUAAACUUCGUCGGCGUCUUCGUGGAGAAGGAGUCGGCUGCUCGUCUGCGACAACAAUUCCCAGCCAAAUUCGGCAGCGCCGACGAGCCGCUCGUGGUGGUACUACGUUUUCAGCCCACAGAGGAGGAACAGGAGGCAUUUGCACCCAUUUUUGGCCGUGCCGCCAAGCUGCACGUCAAGGGACUGGCCGAGGACGACCACGCACAGACUGUGCUGGUGGCAGUGACGACGGAGACGGGUGAGUCUCUCGAGUACGAGGGCGCCGCGGAGCCUGCACACGUGACGCUGACGUCAGCUGGUGGACUCAGCGCCGGCUACUCGAGCGUGCUGCUCGAGCGUCUACGCGCCAGUGACAAGCUGCGCUACCUUCUAGACGGUGAUGAAGAGAUUAAUGAAUGGACUGGAGAGCUACCGGCCUUUGAGUCCAAGCACCUGCCGUUGUUCAGCCCGUUCCCGGCCGUGGAGGCCAAGAUCGUCAAGGUGGACGCCAAGCAGAGCGAGCAGCUGGCCCUGCAGGGCACCGUGUGUCUGUCGUCUCGAUUCGACGUGGCCACGGGUGAAUGCCAGGCACCUAAAGCUGAGUGUGGCUUCUGUAAGUUCAUGAAGGCUGGUCCCUGCGGUAAGGAAUUUACCGCUUGGGAAACCUGUCUGGAUAACUGCAAGAAGAGCGGCGACGACUUUAUCGAGAAAUGCGGAGCUCAGACACUGGCGUUGCGUGACUGCGUGGACGCCAACCCAGAGUACUACCACGUGCUGAGCGACGGCCCGGACGAGGAGACAGAAGCCAAACAUGUAGAAGACGAUAAACACACGGUGGACUCCCUUCGUGCGGCCAGGUUCAAGAGCGUUGACGCGGCUCCAGUGUCUGCUAUAUGGGAUAAAGCAGCAGCUUCUCGUCAACUGGCUCAGUCGCUCUCAGCCCCACAGAGGCCUCAACAGCAGCAGAAUGCCAGCUCGAACCAGCACUCUGUUCCCUCAAUACGGAAGACUCCACAGGUUCGACUCCGAAGCACUAAACGCGUCAGUAAAGUCCCCAAACUUUCCUUCACGAAGCGGAGAGGGAGAAACGCCAUCUCGAACCAGCUCAGUCUCGUCGGCGUUAGACAGGUGAAUGCCGGUGUGUAUUUAGUAGAGAACGUGAAGACUGGCCAUCGCUACUUUGGCACGACGUGGGACCUCCAGAACGCGGCAGCUCAGAGUUUCCACGACCUGCAGCUUGGUGCGCAUCCUCAUCAAGCGCUGAACUCGAGUUUUAAACAGCACGGCGAGGCAGCUAGUGGCAUCCGCUUCCGCAUUCUGGAACACGUGAGGCCGCCGUCGUCGCCCAAGCCUUCAGUUCAUACCGACCCGGUCACGGCCAAACGAAGGAGAGUUAAGCGUCUGGCAGCUGGCCGAGACGCCGAUAGUAACGACGACAGCUUUGACGUCCGCGCCAUGGAGCGGAAACUAGCAGCGCGACUGCGUUUCCACCAGCGGAGGGUGGUGCGACGGGCGGCGUACAAGAUCGUACGGCGGUUCCUAGUGAUACCAGUACUAGCGCAUGCCUGGCCCAUCUGGGCUAAGGCUGCAUGUGUCCUCCAACGAUCGAUGCGCGAGUUUGUGGCUCGUCGUAAAGCUCGAAGACGACGCGAUGGAGUGCGACGAUGGCUGGCAGCACGGAAGCUGCAGACGCACGUUAGACGGCAUCUCGCUCGUCGUCUGGUAGCGCGUAUGAGACUGGACAAGCGUCGAGCUCUUGCUGCUAUCAGUGUACAGCGUACGACUCGAGGGCAUUUAGCCCGACUACGAGUACGGCGUCUACGACAGCGACGAGUUGAUGACAAGGCCGCCACGUACAUCCAGAAGAUGUGGCGAGGCUACUCCACACGCACUAAAGUGACGCUGCAACGUAGUCUCGGAGGAUACCUGGCACCUCAUAGACUACAUAACUGUCCGCUGGACGAACUGAGAGAUGAAGCGGCCAGGACGAUUCAACAGGCUUAUGGUCGCUGGAAAGCUCGGCGUGUACGAGAGCAGAACGAAAAGGCCACGACGAUCCGCGUGGCUUAUCGUAACUAUGUCGCCAGGAAGUUUGGCUGGGCUGCGAUGACUGUGCUAUCGGAGACAGCGAUGGCGAAUCGUAUCCAACGUAUUGGACGUCGCUGGAUGUUUCAGCGCGGAUUCCGUUGUGUGGUUACUGAGUACCGACGGGAGAAAGCUGCGCGUACUAUUCAGUGCUGCACGCGUCAAUACCAAGCUCGAACGAAGCUCUACACGCUGAGAAAGAAGAAGAAAUGCGCACAAGCGAUCAGACUGAUACAGAGUUUUUGGCGUGGAUGUCGGAUGCUUCUGAAGCUUCGUGAACGUAUUCUAAAGCGGAAACGGGAGCGUGCAGCGCGGCAGAUCCAAGCCACGUACCGCGCGUGGAUAGCACGACGCGAAUACGUCGCAAUUAGGGACAUGGCAAGACGAAAUCGAGCUGCCACGAAGAUGCAGUGCAUGUUCCGAGCGCGACAAGCUCGACGCGAACUCACGCGACGUCAAGUAGUCCGACGUCUGGGCGCUUGUGAGAACUGCCGCUCUCAACUCGCCACGGUCUACCACUUCGAAGCCGAGAGUGAGCUAUGUGGCGUCUGUAGUGACGAGUUCGCUAGCGUUGGAAAUACUGUCAUGGAGACUCUGGAUGUCGCUGUGUACCGCCGUAUUCUGGUCCCUCUGGUGGGUGCCCAACGCGCGUAUCGGACCUUUCAAGACAAGAUGCGGCUCCAGCUCGGGACGUGUACGUUGUGCGAAAAAAAGGCUGUACGUAGAUGUUGCUGGUCCUGUUUGUACGGUCACGGCGUCAGCUCAAAUGAGGCUAAGCGCAAUGGGGAGGCAGCUCUGGGAUUGACGUUCUGUCGGUCUUGCGAUGCUCUGUUCCAUGAGCGUAAGCCACACGAGCGGAAAGAAAUCGAGCGUGCAUACGCUGAAGAUGCUGCGGCCGUGACGAUUCAAACGUACUAUCGCCGGUUUGCACAGCGACCUCGCCGUGAGGUCCACCGUCUGAAGCACGAACGGGACAGCGCGAUCGUGAUUCAACGUGCGUUCCGACGGUAUCAAGUGCGACGUGUGUACAAUGCAGCCGCUGUGAUUCAGAGCACUGUACGCGGUUGGCUGGCACGCCGUGUGGCUCAUGCUCUACGUCAAGAACGACUUGAGAAACAGAGGAACGCCGCCGCGUGCUGCAUUCAGCGUCACGUGCGCGGGUUUCUUGCCAGACGACGCGUACUGCACCUUCGUCAGCACAAUGCAGCUGUGUCUAUACAAUCCGUCUGGCGUGGAUUCGUCGCGCGGUGCGAGUUACACGUUCUGCAGCUUGAGAAGCAGCGGAAAUUUUGCGAGGAUUUGCGUGCCAGACUCUGUGUCGUCGCAGCACAGAUCGCCGAGAGUGAACGAGUUUCAGCCACGCGCAUCCAGACGAUGGUGCGUGGACGACAAGCUCGAAAUGAGUUGCUCAGACGGAAACUUCAAGCAGCCAGGAGCGCGCGCGAACAGCUUCGUGAUCGUGUCGUGGCGCUCGAAGUGAUGAGUGCGAUGUGCAUCCAGCAUCAUGUGCGCGAGCGUAUCACGGCUCCUGUCAGUCGCCAACGUCUUCGCGCUCAAUGCUGCGCUCGAUGUUUCUUGAGUCGACGCACAGCGAAGCGGUUGCGACUGGAGAAGCAGUCGGCUGUGCGGAUCCAACGCGCGUUCCGGUAUUCCCGUGCGAAGCGGAGACUCGCUCGGCUCGUGGACGACGACACGGCAACGUCGGCGUCUGCGUGGGUCGAGCUGUUCGAUGAAGCGAGUGGAUACGUCUACUACUACCACACAGAGACUGGCGAGAGUGUCUGGGAGCGUCCUCCGAAGAUGAAUUAUUCACCUGAAGACACGCCCAGGGAAAAUGUGGGCGAAUGGGUUGAGUACUGGGACGAAAAUGUCGGCACGUCGUACUUCUACAACGUCAAAACUGGUGAGGCAACGUGGACUACACCUGCAGGUUAUCAGAGCAGCAACCAGGAAGACGCAGCACAAGCGUGGCCGACGACGUUGGAGGAGGAAAAGCAAGACGUGGAGGCGUACGGGGACCAGUACGCACCGUACGGCUACGAGUACGCUGAGGACCAGGCUUACUACGGCAACAACGGCGAGGACUACGCGUAUCCCCUGGAACAGGCAGACAACGAGCUGAACGAAGGGGUCGACACGGAGUACGACAUCAACUACAACAUUUACCUCACGCAGCUACAACAGCAACAGCAAGAAGACCAACAGCAACAAUAG